AUGGCCCACACGGGGUUUGUGAAGAGGCUGUUUAGUGAUAGGAGGUAUGGCUUCAUCUACAGUGACUCCCACGAGAGCGAUGUCUAUUUUCACUUCUCUGAGCUGGAUUACGGGGAACACGUGUCCGAAGGGACCGAAGUGGCCUUCGACAUAGAGGAAGAUCCAUGGAGUGGACAGAUCAAAGCCGUAAAUGUCAACGAAAGGCAGCGCAGUGCCCGGAGAAGCGAGGAGAGGGGUCAAUGGCCCACCUACCAGCCAAGUCAUUCUGGAAGGGCUUCUGCCUCUGCUGCCUGGGAGAGCACGCCAGCGGACGGAAGCGCGCAGGAGUGGAACGAGGGAUGGUCCUCGCAAGGCUUCGCCACGGAGCUCCGGUCGUGGCUGUUCGGCCUGGAUCAUGGCAACGGGGAGAUGCUGCGGUUUGCAGAGGCUAUAUCCUGGCACUACGACACAUGGGAAGCACUGCUGGAGGGCUCCAUCCAGGACGCCGAUGCGCAGCCAGUGUUGCUGAAGGAGGACUUCCACUACAAAAUCGGUCUCAGGGAGACGGGUCACACCAUCCGAAUUGCCGCGGGCCUGCGAGAUUUGUUGGACAAAGGCCCGAGCAAGAGCCAGGAAGCGCCUCCAGGGACAUCCUCUGAGCCAGAGGGUGGGAGAAGGGCCCAGGGAGAGACCGAGGACAGCGACUCAGAGAGUGGGGCAGAAGGUGAAGGCUCCGUCCUCAUCUUCGUUUGCAUCCUGGCUCGGGGUGUGGAGUUAAGCCUGAGCGUGCCUGUCGCUGCUACCGUGUCGGAGGUCAUGGCCAAGUUGGAGGAGCUCGAGGCUGUGGAGCCUGGCACCCAGCGCUUGUUCUCGCUGUCGCAGGCGAGGAAGUUACAGCACGAUGAAAUGGUGACGGCUGGCGCCCAGCUCUUUCUGUCGAGCCCCGAAGAUGAGCGUAUGCUGUCCUUGCUUCCAGAGCACAUCCGGCCCCACCUGAACCCGGCGUCUCUGGUGGACGUGGUACUUGACUUGGACCGGAAGCCAGUGGUCCACGAGCGAGACGACCAGGGCAAGCUGUACAAGCGCGUCCUCGAUGUCUGCCCGCUUGUACAGCAACCGGACUUAGAUGCGGCAGAAGCUCACGAACUGCUCGCCGGACGAUGGACAAAGGAUAACCGCUCUGGAAUUUCGGGCACCCUCCACAGGGUGGCACGCAUCGUGGAUCAUUACGGUGGGCGCAGCCUAACAGGACUGACGUUCCGCAUGGCACAUCCCAUGUAUGGCCUCGCGGAGAAAGUGCCACAGCUGCGCAGAGUGAUCGAGGAUGGAAAGUCGUUGUUGGUCCUCGGACCCCCCGGCUGCGGCAAGACGACCCUCCUGCGCGAGGUGGCACGCUCCCUUAGUGAAGAGUUCAAUCGUCGGGUUUUUGUCGUCGACACCUCGAGCGAGAUCUGCGGGUUCGGCAAAAGCGCGCAUGUUGCGGUUGGUCGAACGACGCGGAGGAUGCAAGUGGCGGACAGGAGCCUCCAGCAUCAGGACAUGCUGGAAGCCGUGCAGAAUCAUACGCCAGAGGUGCUGGUCAUUGACGAGAUCGGAAGCCAGGACGAAGUUGAGGCAGCUUGCCGCAUCGGUUUCAAAGGCAUCGCCUUAGUGGCCACGGCGCAUGCCAACAACUUAAAAGAGGCCAUUGACAACGUGGCUUUGCAGUCUUUGUUCGGUGGUUUUCAGACCAGCACAGUGUCGGACCAAACUGCGCAGCGUUCUGCCGACGGACGUAAGUUUGUGGAGCAGCGCCGCAGUGCACCUGUCUUCAAGAGCCUGGUCGAGCUUGGCCGCGGAUCCGGCGACGAGUGGGUUGUCUACGAAGAUCUGGAAGCCGCCAUCGAUCUGAUCCUGGCACGGAAGCCGGCUAAAGGGUGCAGAGUGCCUGCGCCCAGCACCCACGCACGGUCACGCACCUCGAAGCCACCUAAGAAGGGCCCCCACCACCGGGAGGUUACCUUCCGAGCUCCCGAGGCCGAAGCGAUGGAGGAGCCGAGGCCCGGGCCCCGUGCUCCUGAUCCUGACCCCCCCGAAGCAGGUGCCAGGAUUGCACCGGAUGAGAUGGAGGCCCGGAGGGCCAUGCGAGAUCGAGAAAUUUCGGGAAGAGCCUACCGGUUGUGCUUCGACGGCGGGGUGGAUGGUGGCGAUAAUGGACCUGGUGGUGCAGGAGCCAUCCUCCGUCGGCUUCGCGCCGGAACAGGCCAUCCGGAUCGGCGGACUGGGAAGACGUGGAUGCUGUACCAUCCGAAAUCCUGUCCAGAACUCAUGGAGUAUGCUGGCCUGCUGAUUGGUUUGCGUGGCGUGUCGCAGAUUUUGCCCACUUUGCAGCCCAAACCCGAGGCGAUCCUGAUCGAAGGUGAUUGCAAGCUCGUGGUCGACCGCCACGGUGGAGGUCGUGCGGCACAAAGCUUGCGCAGUGAGCACCCCGAUGUCGAAGCCAAGCUGGAUGCCUUGGCAAAAUUGGUGGAGGAGGCCAAGCGGCAUUUGGAGAGGCAGAACGUUACGCUCGACGUCGUGAGGUGGCGCAACCGGGGCCGGAACAAAGCCGCCGACCGGCUCUCGCACGAGGCGCGAGAGAAGCGCCUGAGCAGCAUCGAAGUGGAGUCGGAGGUCCUGGUGCUUCUGAGAGCCUUUGAGGUCAACCAGGUGCCAACUCUCUGGCAGGUGAAAGGAGCGCAUCCCAUGCUGCGCAUCGCAAACGGCAGUGUGAUGCACCCGCGGCAGCUGGUGGGCCUGGUGGGCCUCGAGCUCAAGCCCGACUCGGCUGACGGAUCUUUUAGCCUUUCGGUGCGAGUGGACGGGGCUUGGGGCAAGGCUGACUCUUUUUCGCUUGGGAUCGUGCCAACUGGCACCAUCGAUUUCGCUCGUGCGCAGGACUUCGUCGCCGGUGAGGUUGGCUUCUGGUUCAGCCCGAAGUCAGGCACCGUUUGCGGCAUGUUGGGCGGGCAGAAGGCCGAGUUCACCCUGCCUUCUUUGAAGGGAACGCACCCGCGCUCAGCUGGAGACAAGAAGAGUGCCACACUUCUGAACGGUGCCAGGUGGGGCAUGACGUACAGGCGAGGAAGCCUUGAACUGUUCAUGGCGAUGCCAGAUGAUGAGCUGCGAUCACUCGGGCACGUGCAGUGGCCCUGGGGCGAAGUGUUGCCGCAGCGCGCAUACUCGGCUGCAGUCCUCUUCGAGCCCAGGCAGGGUGGCUCUGGUUCUGUAGGCUGGCCCACCACCAACCAGCAGGGAACAGGCCCUUCACAUAUGACGACAAGUAGCAGCAGCCGUAGCAAUGAUGCUUACCUGACGCUUCUGGGGGACGGCCUUGGCACGUUUCUUUCGGACGGCGACGGCCACCGACCAUGGUGUCAGACCGAAUACCAGGAUGAAUCCCGAGGCGGUGCUCCAUCGACUGUGCCAGGUGACAGCAAGGAGGAUGAUAAUGAGGAUUUCUGGUUCUCGGAGUUCCACACGGAAGAGGUGCCCCAACUGCCUCCAUUCGCGAUUCCGGUGCCGGGUUCUGGAGUUCAGACUCGGCCGGGCACCAUACCUGGCGCUUGCGGAGCCAUGAUCGGCGAGGAAAUGGACGAUAGCGACAUCGAGGAGCCAGUAUAUUCCUGGCGAGGAAGGGUUGCGCCUCUUGCUUGA